AAACCAACUUCCAGUCACACUUUAGUCAGACUGCAGACAUGUGAGAGUUGAGCUGAAGAGGAGACAAGAGAAACCAAAUCAGCUGCAGGCAGGCGCUCACAAUGGCCCAGCAGCCAAGCAGUGAAGAAGGGACCACGCUAAUUACGCACGAAAAACCUGCUGGAAAUCCAAGAAGUUCAACCAUAUCUGCGUGUUUUAAUUUUAUCAAUUCCAUCAUAGGAUCUGGAAUAAUAGGUUUACCAUAUGCGCUGAACCAGGCAGGGCUCCCCUUUGGCCUCCUGCUUUUGAUAGUUGUUGCCUUCAUCACAGACUACUCCAUCAUCUUAUUAAUUAGAGGAGGCAACUUGUCAGGGACAAGCAGUUAUCAGUCACUGGUACAAAACACAUUUGGUUUCCCUGGAUUUCUCAUCUUAUCUGCACUGCAAUUCCUUUAUCCUUUCAUUGCUAUGAUUAGCUACAACAUCACAAUUGGUGACACGCUGACCAAAGUAUUUCAGAGAAUACCAGGAGUUGGCCCCGAUCACAUUCUUGCAGAGCGUCACUUUGUAAUUGUGCUCUCAACCCUUGCAUUCACACUACCUCUCUCACUGUAUCGAAAGAUAAAGAAACUUGGGAGGGUGUCCCUCCUGUCGAUGGUGCUGACACUUACCACUGUCACCAUCGCAGUUAUCAGAGCAGCUACUCUUGGACCCCAAAUCCCCCCUACAGAGAAUGCAUGGACAUUUGCAAAGUGGAAUGCAAUUCAGGCUGUUGGUGUAAUGUCUUUUGCCUUUAUAUGCCACCACAACAGCUUUCUUAUUUAUGGUUCCCUGGAGCAGCCCUCACUAGCUCACUGGUCUCGAGUCACCCAUGUCUCAGUCGGCUCUGCACUAAUAAUCAGUGCUGCAUUUGCUGUUGCUGGAUACACGACGUUCACUGGCUACACACAAGGAGACAUAUUCGAGAACUACUGCAGAAAUGAUAACCUGGCAACAUUUGGUCGCUUCUGUUUUGGCCUGAGCAUAAUAACCACAUUUCCACUGGAGUUUUUUGUUACACGAGAGUUAAGUACCAAUGCCAUUUACAGCCGAGAUCUUUCAAAAGCUGAACACGUGGUUGUAACCUUGCUCAUAAUCGUAGUCUGCACAUCAGUAUCUUUGGUUUAUGACUGCCUGGGAGUUGUUCUGGAGCUGAAUGGCAUUCUGAGUGCCACGCCUCUGAUCUUCAUCAUUCCAUCAGUGUGCUUCCUCAAACUUUCCACUGGCCACUUGUUCCAGGGUGAAAACGUCAUACCCAUCAUCUUAGUAAUAACUGGCUUGUUCGUCAUGAUCACCGGUUUAACCAUGACUGUCCUCUACCCGGAAGACUGUUCACAUGGCGUGGAGAUGUUCUACUGUGCAAAUGCCAAUGUCUCUGGUACAGUGCCACCUGCAUGAAAAGAACAUCUGCAAAAUAGUCAUUUAGAACACUCCUUAUACUAUACAGUACAAAAUGUGGCCAAAUGUGAAGAACCUGAAUGCCCUGCACAGAGGCCUGGCCCCCCUCACAAACCUUUG